AUGGCACCAGCUGCAAACGAACCAACGCCCUCGCGCGACGUCAUCACCGACUUCGAGUUCAACGCGGCCUUGAACUACUGCGUCCUCAGCUACGAGACGCGCAAGACCGGCGAGACCUACGACGCGUUCAAGACCAGUGUCACCAACAAGCACGCGACCAUGGUGAGCAACCUCGGCGUGAAAACCGACCAGCCGCCGUACAUUGAGUUUGACGACGACAAGAUCCGCUGCAUCGUCGCCAAUAUCGGCACCGUCGUCUACAUCUGCGUCACCGGCUCGUGCACGGCCUACGACCACGUGACCAACUGUGCGGUCGCCGGCACCCGCAUUGUCCAGGGCCAGGAAGGCGACGCGCCGGCCGGCUUCAACAUCGAGGCGCGCGAGCUCGGGAUUGGACGUCUCGCGCGCGAGAUCUUGCGCGACGACGACGUUGAAAAGGUAAUUCUUUGCGGUCACAGCCGAGGCGGGGCCGUCGCCCACGUCGCACACUACAGCCUCCUCCUCAACCCCAACUACGACAACUUUCCAAAGCACAAGGUUACGUCCGUCGCGUUCGGGUCGACGCCGUUCCUCAAGAGCCAAAAGCCUCUCGUGGCCGGCGACCGCUUCCUCACGUACUACACCGACACGGACAUUGUCCCCGCUCUCUUCUCGUCGGCCACCGCGAUCGCCGACCGCGUCCAGGAAAUGAACGCCACGCUGGUGCAGCUCUUGCAGUGGUCGACCGGCAUCGACGUCCAAAACGUGCGGGCGACAGCGGCGGAGCACGCCAACCUCGUCCUCUCCGAGUACCUCUACUUUGGCAACUGGAUCCACCUCCGCGCAAACGAGAAGGAUACGACGGCAGAAGAGCACACGGACGCCGUUGCGCACUUUCAAGGCGACGGGUUCAAGGCCGGCCUCGGCGCCAUGACGUCGAUCGAGUCGAUGAAGGAGGCGCACGGCAUCGAGACGGCGUACAAGCGCUUCCUCAAGCCUCGCACAGUAGCACCAACCAUCGACGCAGCCAAGACGCAGCAUGUCGCCCAGGUCAUGUUUCGCGCCGCGCUCGCCUGCUUGGUGUCGCCCGAGAUGUCGCAAGACGCGCUGCCGUUGCGUCUCAACCGCGCCAUCAUGGCUGCCAUCGUGCUGCAGAGCUUUGGUGACCCGAGUAUCUUAAAGAUCCUUGAGGCGUUCGGUGAUGCGACGGAGGCCUACCUCCUCGUUCGCCGCUUCCUUGAACGAAAGGACAAGUCGACGACCGAUGAGAUGGUCGAGAAGGCGGUGAAGGUCGAUAUGCAGCCGUGGCGCGACCUCAUGGACCGCAUCCGCGCCAUCGAGCCGGCGGACGCGUCUGCGACCAACGUCGAUGCCUUGCACACGUUCAAUGAGACCAACAUUGGGUCGGACCUCUCGGGCCUCAUUCUCCGCACGAUCAACUUGCUGGCUGAAUGCUUCGUCACUGGUGAAGCCGAUGGCUUGACUAAGGGGAUGCUCCUCUUCGGUGCAUUGGCCAUUGGAGCAGCAGUGGUGUCCGGUGCCGGCCUCGUCACUGGUGUCGCAGCGAUUGCCCAAGCUGGCUGGUCGCUCGGUUCCGUCAGUGCUAUGAUGUCGCUCACCGGCGCCUCGCUUUUUGAAGUAGCAAUGUACGGCGGAGUCGGCGCAUUGUUUGUCUCCAAGGCCGAUGCCAUUGGCCAGCACUGCGGUGAUCUGGCCGACCUGGUCAACCACGCCAAGGCCGAGAACUUCCGCGCCGCCUCCAGCGCUUACUCGGUCCAUCUGAAGAAGUUGGCAUCCGACGUCGAGCUGAAACAAGAAAGUCGCGCUACGAGCACACGGCUCUUGGAGAAGCAGCUAGCGGCACACCAACUGCCGGAUGACCUCCCGCUAAAGCAUCGUCUGCUAUUGCGUGCUUUUGCCGCCGUGCUGCAGACGCUUAUCGACCUCGAGGAAUCGUGCAAGGGCCUCGUCUUCAUCGUGCUCAACGGCAACCAAGGCGUCGGCAAGUCGUGGUUCAUUCGCGAACUCAACGACGCCAAGCAAGACGCCCGCAAGUCCACGACAGACCCAAUCUUCUUGCGCUACGCACCAAUGGCGGACGACCCCACGCGCAAAGUCUACCUCGUCGACAUGCCCGGCAACAACUCGCUGAGCGAGCGUCAAGUCCGGUACACGUCCGAGCUCCACGGCGUCGGCAGCAUCGGCAUUAGUCUCGUCCUCUUUGACGAGAAGCCACCUCUUUUGCCGGCGACAGACAUUCGCAACACGUUCAACGGCUGCGACAGCGUCCUCGUCUGUCUCAACAAGGUCGUCAGUUCGGGAAUUGACCUCCCGACCGAAGUUGAGGCUGGUGCACCUCUCGUGAUCCCGGCCAUUGUCAACGCGUGGCGCACCCAGUUUGAGCAAGACGGCAUCUCGUUCUCGGGUACGCACACCAAGUACCACCUCAUGGCGACCGAGAUGCACGGUGCGAGCAAAGCCGAGUCGGCGACGAUGACGGAGCGUCAGCGCUCGCGUUUGAAGGAAGAGAUUGAAGAGAACAUCGACGCUGUUCGCGUCAACGGUGGUCAGACCAAAGACGACGUGGUCGAGUGGAUCCGCCAGCGGGUCGACGACAUCAUCGCAGCCCGCUCCGCGUAG